CUGCUCUCUCGCGAUCGCCACCAUGGCCUCCCGCAGCGCGGGCACCCUACUGACCGAGUUCAAUGCCGCCUAUGUGCCCCCCAGCCUCAUGCCCGGGUAUCAAGGCCAUGUGCCUGGCGUGACUUUCUCUUUCGGCUCUUCCUAUGGCACUACCACCCUCAAGUACUUCCAGGACCACCGCAACGCAGCCAUGGAGAAAAGCCACACGGGCCUCAGCAGCGGGAGCUCCUUCCCCACCCUCUUCUCCCCCAACCCCAAACUGGUGUUGAUGGAUCGCUCACAUUUCCGGGACCACUGGCUGCACCUGCCUAGCUACACUCGCUUCAACCUGGACAGCCACCGCUCCACUGAGCUGGUGUCCUUCUACCAGAAGGCACAACAGCAUCGGAAGUACUACAGAGACAAGACCGGCACGGUGCCCCAGGUCCCCUACUUCGUGCUGCCUGUGAGGGCAAGGGAAGGGUACCCGCUCCCCACCGACCUGCCUCCUCUGGGCCCAAAGGAGAAGUGGCACCUUUUAAGACUGUCCCCUGAGAACCAGAAGACCUAUCAGACCUUCCCAUCAGGGAAGAGGGUGUCCCCACAAGAGCGACAGAAGAGAGACUGCUACUUUGAGUUCAGAGCUUGAGACCAGGUCGCUGAUGCCUUGGGAGCCUUGGCUUUG